AUGUCCGGCGAAUCCUCGACCUCGGGCACCAAGCCCCGUCUGUACAUUCUCGACUAUGGAGCGGGCAACGUGCGCUCGCUGGCCAACUCGAUUACCCGCCUGGGCUACGACUUUGAGUGGAUCAAGGAGGACGCCGACUUUGACAAGGCCGACAAGCUCCUCUUCCCCGGCGUGGGCGCGUUCGCCAAGGCCGCCGACGGCCUGCGUGCCGAGGGCCGUUUUGAGCCCUUGCUCAAGUACAUUCGCAGCGGCAAGCCCUACUUUGGCAUCUGUAUCGGCAUGCAGGUGCUGUUCGCCAGCUCGACCGAGGCUGAAGGCUCCGAGGGCCUGAACAUUGUCCCAUACCCAAUCACCAAGUUUGACUCGACCGACGGCGGCAAGAAGAGCGUCCCGCACAUGGGCUGGAACGGCGCCUGGAACGCCCACGCUGGCGAAGACGCCCAGCCCCUCGUGCUCACCGGCGAGGACUAUUACUUUGUCCACUCGUACGCCGCCAUUGUUGGCCGUGGCAACGCCGAGCAGGAGGCCCAGCUCAAGGACUUUUCCUACACCCUUUCGCGCUACGGCAGCGAGACAUUUGUCUCGUCGCUCCGUCGCGGCAACGUCUACGCUACCCAGUUCCACCCGGAGAAGUCGGGCCCUGCGGGUCUUGACGCCCUCCGUCGCUGGCUCGAGGCUUCCCCCGAGUCGCUCUCGUCUGCCCCGCACCCGCUCCCUGCGGUCGCCGAGCGCACCAUUGUGACUGCGGACCCCCGCGCCGACCGCGCCAAGGGCACCGGUCUCACCUCUCGUAUUGUUGCCUGCCUCGACGUGCGCUCCAACGACCAGGGCGACCUCGUCGUCACCAAGGGCGACCAGUACGACGUGCGCGAAAAGGAGGAAGGCGGCAACGUGCGUAACCUCGGCAGGCCCGUCGAGCUGUCCAGGAGGUACUACCAGGAAGGCGCCGACGAGAUUUGUUUCUUGAACAUUACGUCGUUCCGUUCGUCUGCGCUCGCCGACCAGCCCAUGCUGGACGUUGUGCGCGGAUCGGCCGAGACGGUCUUUGUGCCCCUCACUGUUGGCGGCGGUAUCAAGGACACUGUGGACCCGGACGGAACGCCGCACUCUGCGCUCGAGGUGGCCGGCGCCUACUUCCGCUCGGGAGCCGACAAGGUGUCGAUCGGUUCCGAGGCCGUCAUCAACGUCGAGGAGAUGAUGGCACGCGAGGCCCGUGGCGAGCCCGCCCUCACCGGCAAGACUGGUAUCGAGACCAUCUCUGCCGCGUACGGCUCGCAGGCUGUCGUCGUGUCCAUUGACCCCAAGCGCGUCUACUACGACACCACCAAGCCCAACUGGAUCGACGAGGUUCCCCUCCUCCACCGCCCGUGCCUCAUCACCGGCGAGACCUCGACCACCCGCACCAAGGCCGACGAGCAGGGCAAGGCCUGGUGGUACCAGUGCACCAUCUCGGGCGGCCGCGACGUCCGCGACAUGGACGUCAUCCAGCUCGCGCAGGGCGUCGAGCGUCUCGGUGCCGGUGAAAUUCUUCUCAACAGCGUCGACCGCGACGGUUCCGGCAAGGGCUUUGACCUCGACCUGAUCAGGCUUGUCCGUGACGCCGUGUCCAUCCCCGUCGUCGCCUCGUCGGGUGCCGGCUCGCCCGCCGACUUUGACGAGGUCUUCACAAAGACCGGCACCGAGGCCGCCCUCGCUGCCGGUAUCUUCCACCGCAACGAGGUCGGCAUCGACGACGUCAAGGAGGCCCUGGAGAAGGACGGCCAGCCCGUGCGCCGCACCCACAUGGAGCUCUAG